ACCACGGGUCGCAUUCAGUCAGGUGAUAUUUUCUUUCCCAGCUCGAAACGACGAUUCCGUCUUGUAUCAACAUUCAAUCCAUUGUACUUACUAUUCGAAAUGGCCCUUUUGUCGGCAAUGAAAGGAAAACUGAUCUCCGUAAUUGGAGAUGAGGACACCUGUGUCGGAUUUUUGCUCGGUGGAGUUGGUGAGAUCAACAAGAAUCGCCAUCCCAACUUUAUGGUUGUUGACAAAAAUACGGCAGUUAGUGAAAUCGAAGAUUGCUUCAAGCGUUUCAUCAAGCGCGAUGAUAUUGAUAUCAUUCUGAUCAACCAGAACUACGCCGAGUUGAUUCGUCACGUGAUCGAUGCGCACACUGCCCCCACACCAGCGGUGCUGGAGAUUCCUUCCAAAGAUCAUCCGUACGAUGCGAGCAAGGAUUCGAUUUUGCGUCGCGCUAAGGGUAUGUUCAAUCCGGAUGAUAUGAUUGCUAAUCGCGGCUAAGCUGUCGAGGCCACAGGAUCCCAUGUUUGCAUAUUUUCCACCACCAUAGCAGUCUUUUAGUAUUAUCUUUCCCUCCCUGUGAGCUCUCCAAAAGCCAAUCCACUUCCGUGUUGUAUACGGUCGACCGAGAGCGUCCGUUUUGAGUUUCUCGUUGUUAUGUUUGUUGGCAUUCCAUGGUUUUAAGUGAAUAAAGCAUCAAUUCUGCUGUA